GAACUCCCAGGAGAGAAAGAAGAAGAAAAAAGAGAAAUUAAAGAAUGACUAGGAUUGCUACGCUUGCUAUUCUUUUGCAGCUGUUGCGGACGAGCGGAGGGCAGGGGUUCGCAGGCGGUUGUUCCUUUGAUGAACACUACAGUAACUGUGGUUAUAGCGUGGCACUGGGGACCAAUGGAUUUACCUGGGAGCAGAUUAAUACCUGGGAGAAGCCAACAAUGGAUCCAGCUGUUCCUACUGGCUCCUUCAUGAUGGUGAAUAGCUCUGGGAGGGCUUCUGGACAAAAAGCUCACUUGCUUUUACCAACAUUGAAAGAGAAUGAUACACACUGCAUUGACUUCCAUUACUACUUAUCCAGCCGAGACCGCUCCAGCCCUGGAUCAUUGAAUGUUUAUGUGAAAGUUAAUGGUGGACCUCAAGGCAAUCCUGUCUGGAAUGUCUCUGGGAUUGUUACAGAAGGUUGGGUGAAGGCAGAACUUGCUAUCAGCACAUUCUGGCCACAUUUUUAUCAGGUGAUAUUUGAAUCUGUUUCAUUGAAGGGGCAUCCUGGAUACAUAGCUGUGGAUGAAGUGAGAGUCCUUGCCCAUCCAUGCAGAAAAGCUCCUCAUUUCCUGCGGCUUCAAAAUGUGGAGGUUAACGUUGGACAGAAUGCAACAUUCCAGUGUAUUGCUGGAGGAAAGUGGUCUCAGCAUGACAAACUGUGGCUACAGCAAUGGAAUGGCAGGGAUACAGCUUUAAUGGUCACCAGAGUAGUCAACCACAGACGUUUCUCUGCUACUGUCAGUGUAGCUGACACUUCCCAGCGAAGCAUCAGUAAAUAUCGAUGUGUCAUCCGCUCAGAUGGUGGAUCAGGGGUUUCCAAUUAUGCAGAAUUAAUAGUGAAAGAACCUCCCACACCUAUUGCACCCCCUGAACUUCUAGCUGUUGGAGCCACCUAUCUUUGGAUCAAGCCAAAUGCAAAUUCUAUAAUUGGAGAUGGACCUAUAAUCCUGAAAGAGGUGGAAUACCGUACGACUAAUGGGAACUGGGCUGAAACUCACAUUGUUGAUUCACCUAAUUACAAGUUAUGGCAUCUAGAUCCUGAUGUGGAGUAUGAGAUCAGAGUGCUUCUUACCCGUCCUGGAGAAGGAGGGACUGGACCACCUGGCCCUCCACUCACAACAAGAACAAAAUGUGCAGAUCCAGUGCAUGGUCCCCAGAAUGUGGAGGUUGUUGACAUCCGAUCUCGACAGUUGACUUUGCAGUGGGAACCCUUUGGUUAUGCAGUGACCCGUUGCCACAGCUAUAAUCUGACAGUCCAUUACCAGUAUGUAUUCAACCAGCAGAAGUAUGAGGCAGACGAACUGAUUCAAACAUCAUCACACUACACUUUGCGAGGCUUGCGACCCUUCAUGACUAUUCGACUUAGACUGGCUCUUUCAAACCCAGAAGGCAAAAUGGAGAGUGAGGAGCUGGUGGUUCAAACUGAGGAAGAUGUUCCUGGAUCUGUCCCCCUUGAGUCCAUUCAAGGAGGACCCUUUGAAGAGAAGAUCUAUGUUCAGUGGAAGCCUCCAAAUGAAACAAAUGGGAUCAUUACACUCUAUGAGAUUACAUACAAGGCUGUUGGAUCCCUAGAUCCCACUGCUGACCUGUCAAAUCAGAGAGGAAAGGUCUUCAAACUAAGAAAUGAAACUCAUCACCUGUUUGUAGGGUUAUAUCCAGGAACUACCUACUCAUUCACCAUCAAAGCCAGCACAGUUAAGGGUUUUGGACCUCCCAUCACCACACGGAUUGCAACGAAAAUUGCAGCACCAUCAAUGCCUGAAUAUGAUACAGACUCCCCUCUGAAUGAAACAGAGACCACCAUCACAGUCAUGCUGAAGCCUGCACAGUCCCGCGGAGCCCCUGUCAGUGUUUACCAGCUUGUUGUGAAAGAAGAAAGGCCACAGAAAUCACGAAGAGCUGCAGACAUCAUUGAAUGUUUCUCUGUUCCCGUGAGCUUCAAAAAUGCCUCAAGUGUCGACUCUCCCCAUUACUUUGCAGCAGAAUUGAAGCCGGUCAACCUUCCUGUCACACAGCCUUUCACAGUGGGAGACAACAAAACCUAUAAUGGCUAUUGGAAUGCUCCACUUUCACCACUGAAAAGUUACAGCAUUUACUUUCAGGCACUCAGUAAAGCAAAUGGGGAGACCAAAAUCAACUGUGUCCGACUGGCAACAAAAGCAGUAAUAAGUAGGCAACAGGUAACCACCCGAAACCCGCCCAGCCUCAUGAGCACAGGAGCUUCUACACAAAAUUCCAAUGCAGUGGAGCCAGAAAAGCAGGUUGACAACACAGUGAAAAUGGCUGGAGUUAUUGCGGGGCUUCUUAUGUUUGUAAUUAUCCUUUUGGGGGCAAUGCUUACAAUCAAGAGAAGGAGCGGUGCAGUAGAUCCAAGAAGAAAUGCAUAUUCCUACUCCUAUUACUUGAAACUAGCCAAGAAGCAAAAAGAGACUCAGAGUAGCAGUCAAAGAGAAAUGGGGCCUGUUCCUACUUCAGACAAGACUUCUACCAAACUCAGUGCCGUUCAUAAUGAAGAAGCGUUUACUUCAAGCUGCCAAGAUGUUAAUGGAUUCACUCCAUCUUCUCCUUGUUCAUUUUCUGUCCAAAGCAAAACUCUUCAGAGCAAAUCUUUGUUGAAAUCCUACUACUCAGUAUCAUCAGACACUGUUCCAUCGACCACACUGUUGGACAAUAGCCAUGGGGAGAUGACUCAGCCGACACUGACAAUCCAGACCCAUCCCUAUCGAAGCUGUGACCCAGUGGAAAUGUCCUACCCCAGGGGACAGUUCCAGCCAGCAAUCCGAGUGGCCGACUUGUUGCAGCACAUCACUCAGAUGAAACGGGGACAGGGCUAUGGAUUUAAAGAGGAGUAUGAGGCUCUACCCGAGGGGCAGACAGCAUCUUGGGACACAGCCAAGGAAGACGAAAACCGCAAUAAGAAUAGAUAUGGCAACAUCAUCUCCUAUGAUCACUCCAGGGUGAGAUUGCAGUUGCUGGAUGGAGAUCCCCAUUCAGACUACAUAAAUGCCAACUAUAUAGAUGGAUACCAUCGACCUCACCAUUAUAUUGCAACUCAAGGACCAAUGCAAGAAACGGUGAAGGAUUUUUGGAGAAUGAUCUGGCAGGAGAACUCCGCAAGUGUUGUCAUGGUCACCAACCUGGUAGAAGUUGGCAGGGUGAAAUGUGUCAGAUACUGGCCAGAUGAUACAGAAGUCUAUGGAGACAUCAAAGUCACCUUAAUUGAAACAGAACCAUUGGCAGAGUAUGUCAUACGUACUUUUACAGUCCAAAAGAAAGGCUACCAUGAAAUCCGAGAGAUUCGACAGUUCCACUUCACCAGUUGGCCGGAUCAUGGGGUUCCUUGUUAUGCCACAGGCCUCUUGGGCUUUGUUCGACAAGUGAAGUUCCUCAAUCCGCCAGAGGCAGGACCUAUUGUUGUGCACUGCAGUGCUGGUGCUGGGAGGACAGGGUGCUUUAUUGCCAUUGACAUCAUGCUUGACAUGGCAGAGAAUGAAGGUGUGGUGGACAUAUUUAACUGUGUGCGGGAACUGCGAUCCCAGAGGGUCAACUUGGUGCAGACAGAGGAGCAAUAUGUUUUUGUUCAUGAUGCUAUUCUCGAAGCAUGCCUUUGUGGAAACACUGCCAUCCCUGUUUGUGAAUUCAGAUCCAUAUAUUACAAUAUCAGCAGAUUGGAUCCACAGACAAAUUCCAGCCAAAUAAAAGAUGAAUUCCAGACCCUUAAUAUAGUUACACCUCGAGUACGGCCAGAAGAUUGCAGCAUUGGACUCUUGCCAAGGAACCAUGACAAGAACCGCUGUAUGGAUGUACUGCCCCUGGAUCGGUGCCUCCCCUUCCUUAUCUCCGUUGAUGGAGAAUCGAGCAACUACAUUAAUGCUGCACUAAUGGAUAGCCACAAGCAACCUGCUGCUUUUGUAGUUACCCAGCACCCAUUACCCAACACUGUAGCAGAUUUCUGGAGACUGGUGUUCGAUUACAACUGUUCCUCCAUCGUGAUGUUGAAUGAAAUGGAUGCUGCACAGCUCUGUAUGCAGUACUGGCCGGAGAAGACAUCCUGCUGCUAUGGGCCAAUCCAAGUGGAAUUUGUUUCUGCUGACAUAGAUGAGGAUAUUAUCAAUAGGAUAUUCCGGAUCUGCAACAUGGCAAGGCCACAAGAUGGAUACCGUAUUGUUCAGCAUCUGCAAUAUAUUGGUUGGCCAGCAUACAGAGACACGCCUCCUUCCAAGCGCUCUCUACUGAAAGUGGUCAGGCGGCUGGAGAAGUGGCAGGAACAGUAUGAUGGUCGUGAUGGGCGGACUGUUGUACAUUGCCUGAAUGGUGGUGGCCGCAGUGGCACCUUCUGCGCCAUAUGCAGUGUGUGUGAAAUGAUCCAGCAACAAAAUAUCAUUGACGUGUUCCACAUAGUGAAAACCUUACGGAACAACAAAUCCAAUAUGGUGGAGACAUUGGAACAAUAUAAAUUUGUAUACGAGGUUGCACUGGAAUACUUGAGUUCAUUUUAGCCCAUGAGAGUGGGGAGCUUGCCGAAUUUCAGAAGCCUUGAUGUUUGAAGGACAUCAGUUCCCUGCUUCCUUCAAAGGAUUCAAUGGGUGAGAAGUCUAAAGCUCUUCACCCUUGAGUGAGAGACCAGGUCAGAUCUCAGUGCCAUUGGAGGAGGAGAGAUCUGCUACCAUCUGCUUUAUGGAACAUCUCUUGCUUUUUAAACAAUCUACUGUACAAACUGGCAAAGCAGAAGGCAGGCUGGAAGACUCUGCUUUCUAAUCCCUUUCGACUACUUCUCUCUGCCAUUUUGGAUGUGUGUCCUUAAUACAAAUGGGAAGGGGGAAAAGAAUACUGGGAUUAUCCAUUGUCUUUCAGCUUCUCUUUCUGUUUCAAAUCCUCACUUUAUGUUUUUAAUUUCAUUUAUCAGCUGUCUGGCAAAGGAGGAAAGCUUCAGUAGACUCACAUGAAGGCUUUUAGCACAGUAAGCCUUUGUGAUCAGUUUUUGAAUUAAAAAACUACUGUCUUGAAGCUGUAAUUUCCUGUCUGCUCCCAUUGUUGUAGAAGCAGGCCACAGAGCUAAGAAUCUACUGCCUUGGCAGUCAAUUAGGACUAGUAGAUUUCCAAUGUUCUGCAUGGGUUGGUUACAUCUUAAUGGUUUUUAUCAGCUGUAGCAUUGCUGAAGCUGCUCAAUAAAACAAUACCUCCUAGCCACCUAAACUGAGGAUGCUCUUAAAUUGCCUUCAUGAUACUAUUAUUGUUCUCUGGUUUGUAUUGAAGUUGCUUUCAUUUUACCAUAAGUAUUUGUUUUGUGUGCAGUGUUUCUUAUAAAGCAGGUUAAAGUGGGAAGAACAGCAUCAUGUAUACCUGCUGGUUCUAUAAAAGUACGAUUAUAUUGAAGGUUGUAUUUACCAUCUCUGCAAUCUUUUUCCAAAUCUUGAUACAUGGGAGGAGAUGGCCAAGAUGCCAGGAUUACCAUUACAGAUUUAUGUAACUGACAUGGUAAGAGGUAUAGAUCUAUAAUGUUUAAUCUCAUAAGAAUGGAUGAUAGCGAUUUCACAUAUUUUGAUCCACUGCAUUUUUAUGUAAACUCAGUAGGGGUUUACGAUGUAGUCAAGUUUACCUUUGCAGGUUAAACUUACCAAUCAAAGAUCUUCAGAGAUUGGGCAUAUCAGAGCUAUAAGUAUUUGAUUAUGAGAGUGGAGAGGAGAUGUGGACAUUCUUUUCAGAAUAAGGGAGGUCACCUGAAUUAAAGUAUGGCUUAAUCUUGAGUACUGAGUUAUCUGAUGCAUCUUCAAGGAAUGCUGAUUGAUAACUGGUACUUGAUAAAAUAGAUUAUUAGGACUCUUGGUAAAAAAACGUAUUGACUCUCCACCUUUGUGAAGGCCAGGAGACAUCUAUCAAUAAUCCCAUGUCUUUCACCUACAAAAUGAAAAUGGUUUUGCCUAUCAUAAUUCAGGAAGAAAUUGGAAAGCACACAGAAAGAUGUUAAAUGCUGGUAUAUUGAGGUGAAAAGAGUCAUUGUUAUAUUUCACAGAUUUUACUGUGAAAUCUCAAGAAGCGGUUGUUGGAAAUGCACACCAGACCAUUCUGCCUUGUUACCUCAACAAUUAUAUUUGAACCUAUAGAAACAUGUGCAAAUUGGGUAGUAUGAAAUGGCCAGUUUCUGUCUUCAUUGUUGACUCUGAGCCCUGUUGCAAUGAUGUACCUACUACAGUUCUUCAGUGUUUUAUAUGUUUAGCAUCCGUUAUUAGCCACCAUGUUUCUUUUAAAAAGGUGUUCAAAGGAGGCAAAAGGUUAUUUUCAUUUUUUUCAACCCAAUUUAUCAUGCUAGCUACCAUGGGGUUUGUGAAGCAGCAGCAUCUUCCUAAACAAGGGCAGUCAUUGCACAAGAUGACCCAAACUUGACAUGUUGAAAGUGCAAGUUGAAGAUACGCUUAGCUAUAGCAUUUUCCAAAACCUUUGACCAUAUCUGCUCAUCCUAUGGCAGGACUUGACUCAUGACUAGAGAUAUGAGCAAAGCAUGUCAUUUUAUAUGUCAUUCAGAAUGAGUUGUGUAAUACAUUAGGCACCCUUACAGUUUUAGUUUUUGCUUUAUACACAUCCACUUCAUUAUAGCAGAAAGACAGACAGAUAGAUAGAGUUUAAUGUUACAGACAACAGACCAGACUAAAUUAAUCCAGCAUAUUAUAAAACUAUGGAAAUCAUACAUAAAAAAAUAAUUUUAUCAUAAACCCACCCCCUGAAGCCAAAGGAAGUUUAUCAUUGUACCAGAUUUGAAAAUGUUCUCCAUUUAAAAAUACAGAUACCUGUGAAUGUAUAAAGCUAAGAGGGAUCAUCCUAGUUACCUUCUCACCUAUUUACUUUUCUAUUAUGUUUACCAUGGGCACGGUGAAAUACUUUAUCAACAGAGUUCUCACAUUUUCUGGCUUUCCAUUUAAUCUAGAGAUCACCCACAUUUGGGGGCUGAUGUUUACAAAAGGAAAUAUUUGAUAUCUCCUUGUGUGGCCCUCUCCAAAAAACAUGGAAUUGGGCAAACAGAUUCUGCUUUAGAGGUGUAUUUAAGUAUUGCUGCCAUAAUGUGUACUUCUGCACAAGAAAUGGCAGAGUAUCUAGAAUGGGAGUUGGUGCUAUUCUUGGCUGGCUUAUUUCAGGUGCAGCUCGGGGGAGAAGCUGUUUCUUUUAACACAAAUAUUUUGUACAAUUACCUAUUGAUUUGGUUUUACCCUCUGGUCAUGUCACUAUUAACUGAAUAUGCAGGCCUUUGACCUACUGAUUUUUAGCAUUUGAAAUACGUUGAUGCUAAUUUUGUUAGGUAUUUUUUUAAAAAAUUAAAUAAAAAGGCAAAGCAGUGAUCCCUUCAAGGCACUGCCAUUUACAUGGCACCAUUAAAUAGUCACCAUUAAUUAGUGUCCUAAGGUCCCAAGAACAAUUUUUACAAGUUGCCUGGCAGGACAAAAUCAUUACAUCCAUAUGAAACAAUUUGUGCUUUAAAGGUGCAAGUAGCUCAUUCACAGCAAUUGAAGUUGUAGUUCGCAAUACUAGGAAUCAAGUCCACUUAGAAAUGCAGAACACCUCAACAACAAAAGCCACAGAACAUGAAGCAUGUUUGAUAAUUUGCUCUUACAUAUUUCAGAUGUCCUGACUACUGGGGUGCAUUUUCUGCUGAUUCCUUUGAGACUUGAUGUGCUUGACAUAAUAUGCACAAACUUCCUGCAACCCAUAUGUUCACUGAGCUUUAAUGUGUGCACAUCAUUUUCAUGUGUCUGCUCUGGGAAUAGCUGCUAGAUCAAUGUGGGUUUUGCAAUCCGUAUGUCAGGCUUCCCAGUUUUAGUGCAGUGACAAUGUAGGGAAGUGCUUUCUACCCAGACAUUUCCUGUGCAUCCAGCUACAUGCCCCAAGAAUGAGAAGUGUUUGUCUGGGACAGGAAGUAAUCUGGAUGACAUUGAUUGCUUUGUUGUUUGACUACUAAGGAACUAUACCUGAAAGAAUUGAGAUUUAUGAAUGGCAGUACUUAAUGCAGUUGUGGAAGUGAUAUGGUUCAGAAAAGAUGCUAGGUAAAUCUAACAUAAAAUGCUUAGAUUUAAAGAAAAGGUUGGCAGAAGAAAAGCAGAAUUGAGGGCUAGCUAAGGGCAUGUAGUUUCUUGUGUACCUAGUUUGGCAUAAAUCUAGAAACUGAGGAAGCAGCACCUGGGAAAAGAUACUAUGCCAGCAUUGUCAUCUCAGUGUCUUUAAGUACACCAUUUAUGGUGGGCAGAUCCAUACUGGUGAACCUUUAUGAGCAUUGUGAACCAGUGUGCAAGUCUACAAAAAAGGAUAUGGAUAGAAGUGUAGACGGAAGUAUAUGGGGUAUGAGAGAAAAUAUGACUAAAUAGAGAGGAACAGAGGGAAAGACGAAAAGUAUCAUAGAUGAAAUUCUACUGGAAAAUGCUUAGGAAAACUAAUGUACAGGCUUGAAAACUUUGUUUCUUGUAGUGUACUUGAGAAUCAGUAGAGGUGUUUGUAGGAGUAAAGAACAUAAUUUUCAGCAAAGCUGUUUUAUUGCUCAUCUUGCAAAACUGCUCUGGAAUUAUCAUUAAUUUUACAUAUUAUGACCCAUUUAUCUUAAAAAUCAAGGAGCAUAUCUGGAAAAAGAAACCUCACGUUUUUUAAAAAAGAAAUCCAUCCUACGAAACAAAAAGUACAAAACAGCACACUUCCAAACACAUUAACACAGUGCAGCAAUCAGCAGCAGCAAUGGAAAUACACACACGUACACACAGCAGAUUAAUUCAACAAGGCUGGAAUGAAACAAUAAUGUCAAAUUUGAGUGUGAGUGAAAGCAAAAAUAUGUAGUUAUUUGCAGUACUAAGCUAGAUAAAUGGCCUGUGGGGUGAGAGAAAAGAAGGAUAAAUUAUGCUAAUCAUUAACUGGGCAUUAAAUAUCCAGAAGAUUAUAGUGUAAGCCAAAUUGUGACUUUCAGUCAGUUCCUCCUUGGUAAACAAAGCAUCCCUAUCAGGGGUGUGUGCAUGACUGCACCAAGCCAGUGUGCAUGUACUUUCCCCAAGAAUCAUGGCAGCACACUUUGCUUUGAACAUUACAAUUUGGCUUACACUAGGAAUAGAAUUUGGGCAGUAGAAUCUGAACAGAGUAUGAGAGAAAUCAUAUCAUGCCAGUAUUAUGUGGUCUUUAUGGAUGCCCACAGGUAGGCCCUGGAUAGAUCUAAAAACACAUUAAAGCUUCUGAAGUAACCAUCAUUACUGAUUGAGAUUGUUUAAAAGGAAAAAAAAUAACCUUCGUGCCACAUAUUUUGAAAAUGCUGCUGUCUUGGAACUAAUGAAGUAACACUAUUUUUCUCACUUACCUUUCUUACGUCAAAAAUAGAACUGCAAUUGUUAGUAUCUCUGUUUCUGCCACUCUCUGGUUGGAAUUAGAGGAACAGGGAGAAACACCUUACUGAUGAGAUGAAGUAUUUCACACACAAAUGAAAGAGUGUUGUUCUAGGUUCUGAGCACUGAGUCAACAUGAUCAUCUCUUCACCUUAUGAGUGGUUUACUUUCUUGAAGAGUUCUUUGCGGAUAUAACAACCGGAGACUAUUUUUAAAAGCAGCCUCAUCUGUUUUAAGAGAACAAGCUGGAAGCUGCAACAAGCAUCUAGUUCAAUGUAAGCAUGAUAACAGUAAAUCUCUGAAAUCUUUCUGCUCUACUAGCAACCAGAUUGCCCUUUUCAAAAAAAGAUCAUUUUUCUUGUUCUUUUUCAACAAAGGUGCCUGUCUCAUAAAUUCUUGUCCAUGUCUUGGCCACCAAAACAAUUUCAGCACAGUAAUGAAGAAGUAUAUCACGAAAAGGCUGAGCUUUGUAAGUUUUCAGGCAGAACAAAUGUAUAAAAAUGAGAAACAAAAGAAUGUCUUAAAACCUCCCUCUCUUCCCUCAUUAACAAUUGCUCUCGUAGCUAAUUUGGAUCUCAUGUUGCUUCAUUUGCUGCAACUUUUCAUGUCGAUGGGAAUACCUUUCAGUGCUAGGCUGUUUUAAAGAGAAAUGAUAUGUGAUCAUUAUCUGGGGGCUUUUGUAGUGACACUGAUGAUGAUUCAGAGGGCAAAAUAAAACUAUUGUAGCCUGGUGUCAAGGAAGACCAUUUUUGGUAUUCAGUGUGCACAUAGGGACAAUAACAGGUUACAGUUGAAAAACAGCAUGCCAUGUGAUUGACUUUGUCCAAGCAAAUGAUGUAAGAUCUGCUACUACAAAUCUGAGUGCAUAUAGCUAGAUUUAAUCAUUGAUAUUUGGAGAAAAACUAUUUCUUGCUCUGUUAUCAGCCAUUCUUCUGUUUCUUUAUAAUAAGACUAUGGCCCAACUGACAGAAUUUUUUUUUUUUUUUUUUUUUUUUGAGAAAGCAUUG